AGCUAGCGCCCUCUAUGGUUUUGACGAAAGGUGUUUUGAAAUAAAAUGGUGCACGAUCACAAGGUUGCGCGUUGAAAAUCAGGUACAUGUACAUGCGUUCACCAUGCCUCCAAUCCCAGACACGUUCGGUGAGCCGCUGCAGAUAGUCAACACGUCAGACGGGCACGGCUUUGAGCUGAACGAAGACCUCUUGGCCCAAAUCCUCCUGGACCAGAGAAUACGAGACAAGAAAGUAUGCGUGCUGUCCGUGGCCGGUGCCUUCCGCAAGGGCAAGUCUUUCCUGCUGGACUUUCUGCUGAGAUAUUUGACCAAACAGGGCGUUCCUGACUGGAUGGGUCAGGAGGACCAACCCUUAGUCGGGUUCUCCUGGCGGGGUGGAUCAGAGAGAGAGACCACCGGUAUAUGGAUAUGGAGUAAAGUAUUCCUGUGCCCAGGCCCGGAUGGAGAAGAGGUUGCUGUGUUAUUAAUGGACACCCAAGGAGCGUUUGACAGUGAGUCCACUGUCAAGGACUGUGCCACAGUCUUUGCACUGAGUACCAUGACAAGCUCUGUCCAGGUGUACAACUUAACUCAGAAUAUACAGGAGGAUGACCUGCAGCAUCUACAACUCUUCACUGAGUAUGGUCGCCUGGCCAUGGAGAAUAGCAGUGACAAGCCAUUCCAGUCAUUAAUGUUUCUGGUGCGUGAUUGGAGCUAUCCAUACGAGUAUAAUUAUGGCGAGGAAGGCGGAAACCGAGUUUUAGAAAAGAGAAUCAAGCAAUGCGGUAGCAAACAUCAAGAACUACUGCAGGUCCGUCGACACAUCCACGCCUGCUUUGAAAAGAUUGGUUGCUUCCUGAUGCCACACCCGGGCAUGGCUGUCGCUAGGAAUCCAAAGUUUGACGGACGGUUGUCUGAUAUCGAUGGUGAAUUUAAGGAACAACUGUGCAAUCUAGCUCCUCUGCUACUAUCUAGAGAGAACCUUCUCAUGAAGGAGAUCAACGGUACCAAAGUAACCUGCCGAGCACUUCUAGAAUACUUCAAGGCGUAUAUAAAGAUUUAUCAAGGGAAUGAGUUACCUGAACCCAAGACAAUGCUACAGGCAACUGCUGAAGCCAAUAACUUGGCGGCUGUGGCUAGCGCUAAGGACAAGUAUGUCAAAGACAUAGAGGAGGUGUGUGGGGGAGAGAAGCCCUACCUGAGUCCCGAGGAGUUGGAACGGCACCACGAGCGCAUCAAGACGUCGGCCCUGGCCCUCUUCAACGAGACGCGCAAGAUGGGCGGGGAGGAGUUCAGCCAGCCCUACUGCGACCGGCUCCAGGCUGACAUGGACGAGACCUACCAGCAGUACCUCAAGCACAACGACAGCAAGAACCUCUUCAACGUGGCCCGGACCCCCAUCACGCUGCUGGUCACCAUGCUGAUCAUGUACAUCCUCUCGGGAUUGUUUGGGCUUGUCGGACUCUAUUCCAUGGCCAACAUGGCCAACACAAUUCUGGGUCUGGCCUUGGUCUGCGUGACGGUGUGGGGGUACAUCCGUUACAGUGGCAAGUACAGCGAGGCCGGGGCGUAUAUCGACAGUGGGGCAGAGUUCAUCUGGGUGCAGAUUUUCGGGCCUGUCUACAAGCAAGCGUUGAGUCAACACAAGAAAAAUCAGGACAAGAAGAAGAAGUAGAACCAUCUACCACCAUAAACGGUUUGGUAUCAUCGUCUUGCCUUGUCAUAACACAUCAAAGGCUUCUGUGACAGAUAUACAGCAGUGGUUCUCAAUUUACAAAAAAACAUUCGAAAAGCAUUGUGUUCUUGAAUAAAAUUUCAAACAACAGGGAUAAAAGCAUUAUUUUAAUAAUAUG